AGCCACUUGGCUCGCUACAUGGAAAUUGUGUUUAGCGAGAAGUCCGAAUUUCCGGGGUUGGUGGGGAAUGAAUCCGAAAAACACAGCUUCCGCUGAGUCAUGGGUCUGAUCCAAUCGCAUUGUAGAAUUCGGCAUGAUUUUAUCACCGCGUCCGAAGCCAAGAAGCUUAACAAACGGAGAUUCGGGAAGUCUGCUUAGUUUGGCGGCGGCGGCAUGUAACACAAACCCGUUGAUAAUUCAGGGGAAUGGCAUGAUGUUUAUAUUUUAGACUUAUAAGUAAACAAUAUUUCUGGAGUCUAUCUUCAAUAAAAGACAAGUCUCGUUCAGUACUUCCAUUUCAUCCUAGCAAAACCUACGUCAAACAGCAGACAGCAGCAUAUACUCACCAUGACAUUAAUACCACCUCGAUCGUCUAACCGAAUCUCUUCGCGGUCUACACCACUAUCCGUCAGAAUGAAGACCUAUAUAAUACCCGUCAUUAUGAUGGCCUUGAUGGUUCAACUUCUGUUCCUAGCAAAUAUGUCCUACCUCUUCGGUUCCCUCUUCAAGUCUUCGACGCGAAUGCAUAACCUCAAGAUCCUCGCGAUCGAUUUCGACGGCAGCGAUAUUGGAAGGGCCAUCUCUGGUGCUUAUGAUACCCUUCAGUCAGACAAGUUCCCUUCCGUUGAGUUCGGUUCAUCCUCCGAGUAUGAUACUCCGGAAAAGGUCCGCGACGCCGUCUGUAACCAUGGCUACUGGGGCGCUAUUUACACUCAUCCUGGUGCCUCUGAUCGUCUUUUGUCCACCAUCGAGGGCGACAACACUACUGUUUAUAAUCCACAAGACGCUGUCACUACGAUUUAUAACGGCGCAUACUAUCCUUCCAUCUUCUCCUCCCUACAAGGCAACAUGCAGAGCCUCGUUGGCGCUGCCGCAACCAUGUAUGCCCUUGCGACUCCCGAUGCCCUCAAGGCCGUCAACAUGACCAACCCUACCUCAGCGAGCACCCUCCUUCGACCCUUCCAUGCCAACAUCUGGAACAUCAUGCCGACCGAGCAGGGUACAAGAGUUCUCCUGAAUACUGUCUCACUAGUGAUGGGGAUUCUCAUGCAUUUCUUUUUCCAGAUGGGGUUGAAUGGCAUCACAACUUCUACCAAGGUCCUCCAGUCGUACUCAAAGCGAGAUGUCUACGUUUUCCGCUUCAUCACUGGAAAGAUUUAUACCCUCAUCGGUGCUUUAGGCAUGGCAGGCUAUUUCUGGGCCUUCCGGGAGAACUGGAGCGUUGAUGCUGCUCAGUUCUUUGAGACUUGGAUGUGCCUCUGGUUCUACAUGGACAUCAACUACCUUGUCAUCGACACAGUGCUGGCGACUAUAGUCCCUAUGCAGUUCUUUGCUUUCUUCCUUCUUACAUGGAUCAUCCUUAAUAUUGGGUCGACCGUCUUUCCAUUUGAGCUCACCCCAGGGUUCUACCACUGGUCGUGGGCACUUCCAGCCCAUAACGCGUGGCUUCUUCUUGUCGGUAUUUGGUCUGGAUGCCGGGCCAAUGCUGGGGUUACUCUACCUAUCCUAUUCUCUUGGUGGGUUGUUGGACAUGCUGGAAGCACUUGGUCAGUCCGCAAGAGAUGCAUGAUGGCUGAAGCCGAGGCAGAGAGUCAAAUGCAAGACAAUUACAACGAGAAGUUUGAACGAUUUAGCACCGAACAGACACGACAGGAAACAUCGCAAGGACUGAGACCGGGACCAAAAGGUCAGGAUGUUGACCUUGAGGCCAACCUCCCCGCGCAGAGUCUACGCAAUGACGAUGAUAAUCGCACAAUUACAAGUGGCGACGAGCCGUCACAGGAGCGCGAUAACAUCAAAUAACUGCCGGUGUGAAUCAUAUUAUUUGCAGUCGGGUUCUUAAGGAUAUCUGCUUGUCGUCAUGCUUUAGCGAACUGGAUUUAGGAUUUAUGGGAUUUGUGAGUUGGCGUUUGACUAGAGGGCCGAGAUACUGGGGCUUUUUUUUUCAUAGACGUAAUAGAUGAGUUGGUAGAUAUUCCCUCGUACACUUUAUAGACACAGUGUGCGGACUAUUAAAUAAUACAUCAGC